UCUACCGAAAAACAAAAACACACAAAAAAAACAAGUAGCUUCCAUCAGAAUUGCAUUGGAAUGUUAUAAAACAAACUGGCUUAGAUUACGCCUCUAGUUUAUCUUUUCAUAUAAAGUUGAUUAUACACUGCGAGUAUUACGAUUAGAUCUAGAUCUUGAUCUAGAAAUCUAGUAGAGUCGAGAGAUUUAAAUCUACUCAUAACUCUGGUAUAGACUAGUCUAUAGAAGCUAAGAUUCUAGACUAGACUCAAAUAGUCUAAAUUCUAGAAACGAGAGACUAGGCUAGGAAUUUCGAUUAUAUUGAUAUCUAGAUCUAGGUAUAUUAACAUAAGAUAUUUUAAAAUAGGUUCUCUAUUUCGUAUCCAACCUUUUAACCCCCAAGACAAAACUAAAAUGACAUGUAACGUGACUUCAGUAAAGGGUCGCUCUAUGUCACUGUCCUUGCGGUCAGUGUUAUUGACUGUCACGCUUGUUAUGGUGACCAGAGCCUACGUUCUUGGGGACAGGCGACUGGGAACAGUUUAUAAGGACCUGGGAGAUCUGAACCUCGGAGGCUUAUUUUCUGUGUCUGCGUAUGAUAACUUGCCGGUGUGUGGUAAGUUAAUACCCUUGGAAGCUUUUAGAAUUCUCCGCGUCAUGUACAUCCUGACGGACAUUAUAAGGAGCAUUAACGAGAACAAUACGAUUCUACCUGGUGUCAAGCUGGGAUUUGCAUUUCUGGACUUCUGCUCAAACACGAAUGCAGCUAUGAUCCAGGCCGCCAGAUUUCUACCUCGUUCAAAUCCAUCGGACUAUAUUGAUACAAAUGAAUCCAACUAUCUGACGUCUUACAAAGUGGUGGGUAUGAUAGGGACCGCAAACCCGUACGUACAAACUCCUACCUCUAUCUUGUUCAGUAGUGCCGGUAUACCGGUAAUAAGCGUCUGGAGCGAGCCUCGGAUCAUUCACAAACUACAGAGUCAGCACUCUAGUGUCUUGUACCUGUCUUCAAUGAAGCGUAAUUUGGUUGAGGCCAUGAUCAGCUACCUGGUGGCAUAUCAAUGGAUGGGGGUGUCUGUCUUGGUGGAAAAUAACGAGGCAGGGAGGCUCCUGCUGGAGUUUAUCGUGAAAAAGCUGAAAGCCCAAAAGAUCUGCAUCUCCAUGGCCAGUGCUGUCACCGAGACCUCGGACAGCGAAGAAAUUAUCAAGUCUCUUACUCAAAGCCAGUCAAAGGUCGUGAUGAUGUUCGUAGAAUCGGCCACUGUGAACAGUCUUCUGCACGUCAUAGGUCAAGAGUCUGAGAGGAGAAAACUAGUAAUGCUUCUCAGUGAGGAUUGGACGCCUCUUGUGGAGUCGGAAUGGCUGGUUCACGGCAUGGUCCUCUUCACCCAUCUCAACCUGGGACUUGAUACUGUCGAGUUUCGCCAUGACGCUCUAAGACUGAUACCAUGGAUCAAGAAAUUUAUGCAGGAGUCCCACUGCGAACUGGACGGCUGCAUGAUGUAUGUGAUCGACCAGAUGUCCGUCAUAACAAUGGACGAUGUUUUAAUCCACGACGCACUUAUGGUCUACGUUUUCGGCCUGCAAAGUCUCCUCAGAGAGAAAUGCCCCAGCGCGAAAGGGGCCCAAGCGAAAACGUGCUUUGAAAAACACUCCGGCGAGUUUUUAGAGUACCUGAAGGAAGUGUCUUUUCGUGGCAAGUCUGGGAACAUCCUCAAUCGUGAGUCGGGCAACAAAUUGGAUCCGGAGAAGGUCUACGUCUAUCAGAUCCUCGUAGAGGAAAAGGAAGUGAUCGAGGAAGAGCAGGAGGUGGUCCAUCUCGCUACGUACUACAUAAAGACUAAAGCGAUGGAAUUUCUUAUGAAUGUAAAUAUUGACUGGGUCGAUUUCCCUUUAAGUAAACUGGACAUCAAAUCCCACUGUCAAUAUCCAUGCUCCCCCAGAGAGAUCAGGGUGAAGAAAGGGGAAUGCUGCUGGCAGUGUUUUCUUUGUCAAAACAAUGAGAGAAUUGUCAACAACGAGACCGCUUGUGAAGAGUGCCCGCCCCUGACUUGGCCCGCAAUGAACGCCGGCACGCUGUCCGUCUGCGUGGACGUCGAGCUGACCGUCUUCGACAUGACCAACCCUGUGACCAUAGCCACGCUGAUCGCUGACCUGGCCGGGGUCAUCAUGGUGGUCUACGUCUGCGCGAUGCUCAAGUUCAGGUACGACACCCUGGACCUGCCACUGCCAAUGCUGCUGAUGCAGGUCUUGUUCAUCGUCCUUGGCUACGCCUCCGUGCCAUUGUUUUUGAAAUCCCCGACGCCCCUGACCUGCAACGCCGCCAACCUUUUGUUCACUGUCAGUUUUAGUGGCCAGUACCUGUGCCAAUUCUUAAUCUGUAUCCAAGCCUACAGGAAGUACCAUAUGCCUGCUGAGGACGUGAAUGUCGUCAACCUCACAGAUGGGGUCUAUCAAAAAGCUUACAUCACAGCUGCCCUGAUCAUCCAGGUGGCAGUCUACUCAGCUUUACAUUUUCUGCACCCUGUAACUGUUUACAAGCAGCAGCCCAUACUCGGAGAGCCUUUGGUCGAGUUCACUUGCAAUAUCCCCAUCUUGCAUACUGUGGUGUUCAUCAUUUUCUCCAUCACAUGCCUGCUGAUCUGCAGCGUCUUCUCGUUCAAAUCCCAUAACCAGGAGAGGGAGAGCUUGAGGAGCCGCUACCAGUCCAUGUAUGUGUUCAUUGCCCUGGUCAUGUGGAUCGCUUUCAUGCCUUCCUACCUGACGGCUACCAGCCAGAUGAUGAAGAUCUUCUUCCUGAUCCUCGCGGUGCUGGUCAACCACUUCAGCGCCCUCGUGCUGAACUUUGUCCCCUCGCUCAUUCUAAGCCGGGUCAUCAAGCAAAGUCGAGAGUCGGGGCCGUUAAUGCUGCUUCAGAACCUCUCAGAAAGAAGGAAAUCUCGGAAGUCGUCCGCAAGAAAAGUGUCAACGGCUGUGGAUAAACCAGUACAGCAUGAGGAGUUUGAGCAAAUGACUCCAAAACCUAGCCUUAAACCAGAUUCUUCCUCAUCGACUAGUCCCCAAAUUGUGCGUUUGAUGUCGAGAGUAGAUUCCUUACACCCCUUAAGCGGCGGAAAUCGAAAGUUGGUAUGAUUUCUCAAUCCGGCCUCCAUCUUGUUCCACCACCCAACCAGACAGCCGAGUCUAGAACUUUGACUAGUGGUAAUUAAGCUUUCCCGUUCCUCAAAGGGAUGGAAUUUUAUCAAGUCUCUCGAUCGCGUUUAAGGAUACGCGGUGUCGGACGCAACACAAGAAAUGUAACGUUCUUAAGACUGGCUAAUUUUUUUAGCAUAUUAAUUUUAAUUUUUAAUUGUACUUGUUGUUUACCUUUUUUUUUCUUUCCAUUCCUCUUUUUUACAUUUUUCUUCAAUCUUUAUUUCUUUUUUUAUUCCUUACAUUUAUAUUCUUUACUUCUUUUUUUUUUUUUUACAUUCUUUCUUUCUUUCUUUAUUUAUUUUUUUGCUCUCUUCCUGUCCUUUCUUUUAUUUUAAUUUUCAUUUAGUUUUCCUGUUUGUCCUUAGUAAUUUAAAUCAAUUUCAUGUCUUUUAAAUUGUGUAAUACUUAUAUAUUUAUUAUUGAACAUGUUAUGUAUCAUAUCACAUUUAAGUUUGUAU